AUGUACCCCAUUUUGUUAGAAUCGGAAGAGCAUCGCGACCUGCUCGACAACAUCGACAAGCUGCGCUCUCAAGGCAUCAGCAGAUAUGUUGACUUGCCGGAGAUUAUUGUCUGCGGCGAGCAGUCUGCCGGAAAGAGCUCGGUGUUAGAGGCCAUUUCGGGCAUGUCUUUUCCCGCCAAAGACAACCUCUGCACACGUUUCGCGACAGAACUGGUCCUUCGUCGGGACGCCGACGCGGGAAUCAGGAUUUCAAUCAUACCUGCGCCCGAAAGAACUGCAGCGGAGGUUGAGCAGAUCUCCAAGUUCAGACCUCAGGUUGACAUCAACAGACACUUCCUUGGCCAAGUCGUCGAGGAUGCGAAAUCUAUGAUGGGAUUGUCGGACAGAAAGGUCUUCACCACUGACAUCCUCCACAUUGAGAUACGCGGACCCUCUCAGCCUCAUCUCACGAUGGUCGACCUUCCAGGACUCUUCAGGGCCGGCAAUCAGGACCAGUCUCUCGAAGAUGCUACAAUCGUCAGGGAAAUGGUGUGCAGAUACAUGGCGAGACCAAGAAGCAUCAUCCUGGCUGUCGUGUCGGCGAAGAGCGACUUUGCACUUCAGGAGGUCACCGAGCUCGCCCGCAAGAUUGAUCCCCGAGGAAUCCGCACGUUGGGUCUAGUCACCAAGCCGGACACCUUGGACGCUGGAUCGGACAGUGAGGCAGCAUACCUUAAACUGGUCCAAAAUGAGGACGUGAAGUUUCGGCUCGGUUGGCACGUCCUGAAAAAUCGCAAUUUUCAGAUGAGAGAUGCCUCGGCGGAAGAUCGCGAUAAUGCGGAGGAGGCCUUCUUCAGCUCUGGGAUCUGGGCAUCUAUUGCCCCUCGAAUUCUUGGGAUCAAGUCACUGAAACCCCGGCUGAGCAAUGUGUUGAAGAACCAAAUCCUGCUUCAGCUCCCAAGCCUGUUGCUCGAUAUUGAAAGCAACCUUGAGGACUGUCGCCAGAGACUGAAGCAGAUCGGUCCAUCACGGAAAACUAUCAAGGAACAGCGCCAGUACCUGCUGAGAACGAGUCAGGAGUUUUCGACCUUGAUGAAAGCUGCAGCAGACGGAAACUACAGCCAUGCUUUCUUUGGGAGCGCGCUCGAGGAAGAUGGAUACAGGAGGCGUCUACGAGCGGUCGUGCAAAACACGUUGACGGCUUUUGCGGCGGACAUGGACAAGAAUGGUCGGAGCAGAGUCAUCGCGAAGCAUGCUUUUCAGGAUGGUCUUACCGGUGCAAAGGAGCUAAGCCGGCUCGCAUACAUUGAGGAGGUGAAUGCCCUCAUGAGGCGUAGCAGAGGUUGCGAGCUCCCAGGCACAUACAACCCGAUGAUCAUCAGCGAAUUGUUCGCUCAACAGUGCCGUCCUUGGUGGCAACUUGCAACAAAAGCAAAGGACGCUGUUCUGCAAGCAGUACGACAUGAAACGCGCACCAUUCUUACCUACGUAGCCAACGCCGAAACAAGCGAAUUGCUCAUGCGCUUUGUCGGCAAGACUUUGGACAGUCUCGAGACUGGACUUGACAAAAAGAUGAGCGAGUUGGUCAAACCACACACCGACGGCCAUCCAAUAACUUUCAACCACUACUUGACCGAUAACGUGCAAAAAGCACAAGCUGCUAGGCGCCGAGUGAAAAUGGAGAACGCCCUAAAGGACUUGUUUGGACUUGAUUACGAAAACAAAGAGUUUUUCGUGAUGCCAACAACGAUUCUGACGCAUUUACUGGACCAAACGGAAGUGGACAUGGAAGUCUAUGCCUGCGAGAACGCCAUCGACUACAUGGAAGCUUAUUACAAGGUUGCGUUGAAGAGGUUCAUCGAUGAUGUAAGCGUUUUGGCCAUUGAGACCUGUUUGAUUCAGUUCCUGCCAGAUCUAUUUACUCCCAACAUCGUCUAUGAAAUGACCGAUGAUCAAGUCAAACAUCUUGCAGCGGAAAGCCAAGAACUAAUAGAGGAGCGCGCGCAAUGUCUUGAGAGACAGGAGGUUCUUGAGGUUGGACUUCAGACGUUGAGACUUCUCAGCAGACAUAACAUGGGAGUAGAGUCAGGGAAGUCUGAAGUUGUUUCAGGACAUUCGACGCAAGCGGCACCUUCGGUAGCUGGCUCAGAGCCUUUAGGAACCUGUGUUACACCCGAGCCGGCGAUAGCGGUUGCCAAUGAGCAGGCCGUGGAUAAAUGGGAUUUUAAAAUUCCCCCGAAGGAGAAACCUGAGGGUCCAUGGCCUACUACUGCUCCCCAAAAGAAAGCCAAUAAAGGAAAGAAGAAAAUAGGUUUGUCGAUGUAG